AUGCCUCAAUCCGACAGCCCUUCAGCCGCCACCAGCUAUGGCCAGGUCAUUGAGUAUAUUCAAGACCGCCUCUACUUGGCUUCAUACACACACAAGCCCAAUGCACAAACGCCCUUCCCCUACACAAACAAGUCUUCCAGCAAGUCGCCGUCCAAGCGCUCCGCCAGAUCCCAGUCGACUACAACCACCACUCCUUCGCUACCUCCAGUCUACUUCUCUGUCGACAAGCACUUGCUGUACAAUGCCUUCCAUGCCGACUUUGGCCCGCUCCACAUCGGUCACCUCUACCGUUUUGCCGUCAUGCUGCACGAGGUGCUUGGAGAUCCCGAGAACGAGGGCAGACCCGUCGUCUUCUGGUGCAACGCAGACUCAAGGAGUCGCGCAAACGCUGCAUGCAUCCUUGCUUGCUACAUGAUCUUGAUCCAGAACUGGCCACCGCAUCUUGCUCUGGCGCCCAUUGCCCAGAUGGACCCUCCAUGCAUGCCUUUCCGUGACGCUGGUUACAGUCAGGCCGAUUACGGUCUCACCGUACAAGACGUUGUCUACGGUGUGUGGAAGGCAAAGGAGGAGGGCCUCUGCGGCCUGAAGGACUUUAGCCUUGAGGAAUAUGAAAAGUACGAAAGAGUCGACAUGGGUGAUUUCAACUGGAUUUCUCCCUCAUUCUUGGCCUUUGCCUCGCCUCAACACCAGCCCACCCAUGUCAUUACCCCCACGGACUCCCAAUGGGCCACUCUUCCUCGCUCCCUCUCUGCUCUCCAUCGUUCAACCUCUGUUCCUCAACCAUUCAAGAAUGUCCUCUCGCACUUCGUUGAGCGCGGCAUUGGUCUUGUUGUUCGUCUCAACUCUGAGCUCUACUCCCCUUCGUACUUCCAGGCUCUGGGCAUCAAGCACCUUGACAUGAUCUUCGACGACGGCACAUGCCCUCCUCUCAGCCUGGUCCGCAAAUUCGUCAAUCUUGCCCACGAGAUGAUCACCGUCAAGCGCAAGGGAAUUGCUGUUCACUGCAAGGCCGGUCUCGGAAGAACUGGCUGCUUGAUCGGCGCCUACCUCAUCUACAAGCAUGGCUUUACCGCCAACGAGAUCAUUGCAUACAUGCGCUUCAUGCGUCCCGGUAUGGUUGUUGGCCCCCAGCAACAUUGGCUUCAUCUCAACCAAGGCACUUUCCGCGAGUGGUGGUUCGAGGACACCAUGAGAGAGAAGAUCGCCGCUUCCAUCGUCCCUGCAACUCCCACAAAGGCCACCUCUGGAAACAGCAGACGCCUCGCUAGCAACGGCCAAACUUUCACUCCUCCCAACGGCAGCACCAAGCGUGCUGCUCUUGGUGAGAUCAGUCACAUCAACGAGCAGGAACCUGCAACUUUCGCCAGCAGCACAACCAGCAAAUAUGCCGUCAAUGACGAAAACCUGCCUGCACCAACACCCGGCCAGCCCCGUAAAACUAGCAAGGUUUACGGCCAUGUCACCGGCCGCAAGGUCACCAGAACUGAAAACGAACCUUUUGAGAUCAGGCCAGACACUGAGAUUGUCAGCAUGCAGCGCACAAGUCUCGGCGAGAGUGAGAGCGAAGAGGAGCAAGCACUACGCGCCUUGACCUCAUCACGAAAGGCAUCGCAAUCUCCAGUCAGCCGCAGCGGCAAGCGUCGGGCGGUUAGCUGCACCACGACGACCACCACAACAACAAAGUGGGGCAUGGAAGAGAGCGACGUCGAGAACCGUCUCACCGAGAUCCACGAGGACUCAGCAAGCCCUCGCAAGCCCAAGACCCCUUCGACCAGAUCUGGCAAGGGUGACCUCAGCAUCGGCAAGCGUAGUUCGCCAUCACGCCGUAGCACGGAAGGCAAGACCAGUGUUCGCAAGACCAGUGGUCGUGUCGGCAGUGUUGGCGCCAACGUGCCUCGCACGCGUGCUUCAUCAAUGAACACGACGUAA